AUGCCCCCUCCAAACACCCCCGCACCCGAGUCCGAUACGCCUCCCAACGCUGUAAACAUCAAUUCCCUCUCCGCCCCGCAACUCCGCGCCCUGCAAACGCGUCUCUCCACCGAACUCGAGCACCUAACCUCCUCGCACGCAAAGCUGCGCGCCGCACAAUCCCGCUUCCGCGACUGCGUGCGCUCGAUAAACGACGGGGUCGUCGGGUCCGAGAAGAGGGGGACGCAGGGCCGCGAUGAGAUCCUUGUCCCGCUUACGACUUCGCUGUAUGUGAAGGGGAGACUGGUGGAUCGCGAGAAGGUGCUUGUUGAUGUUGGGACGGGGUAUUUUGUUGAGAAGACGGCGGCAAAGGCGAUUGAGUUCUACGAGCAAAAGGUCAAGGAGCUGGAGACGAAUCUUACGGAGCUGGAGAAGCUUGUACAGACCAAGAGCGGACAGCAACGGCUCUUCGAAGACGCCCUGAGACAGAAAUUGAUGAGCGAGGGUGCCGGGUCGUCUGCUACCGCUGCAGCAGGUGGUGGCUGA